AUGUCUUCAACUGAAUUUGAGCAUGACAGGGCGUCUGAGUUGAUAGCUCAGGCCCGAAAAAUCGUACAUGACUUCGAUUUCCCAGCGGAGGAUGUUCGUCGCGCCACAACUCAUUUUUUGAAGCAGCUAAAUGAAGGACUUCAGGAAGAUGGCACUUCAAUGUGCCAGAUUCCUUCAUUUGUAACCAAACUUCCCAAUGGUUCCGAAAAGGGCGUAUGCUUGGCCAUUGAUCUUGGCGGUACCAACUUGAGGGUAUGCUCUGUCGAAUUACACGGAGACUCCACCUACUCCUUGACUCAGUCCAAAGUCGUCAUUCCCAGACACCUGAUGGCUGCGCCAACAUACAAGGAUCUCUUUAGAUUCAUUGCGCUGCAGAUGAAGGAGUUUCUGGAGAUGCAUCACCCAGAAGACCUCACAACAUGGUCUCAGCUCCUGGAAGAGAGAGAUGCAAUCAAUGAAGAAAUAAGACAGAAGCACUGCAAGAGCCUUGGCUUCACUUUCAGUUUCACUUUCGAUCAGCAUGCUAUCAAUGAGGGAACACUACUGUACUGGACAAAGUCAUUCGGUAUCGCUGAUGCAGUCGGCCGCGACCCAUGUGCCAUGCUGCAGGAGGCUCUCGACGAGCAACACUUGCCUCUCCUGGUCACAGCACUGGCUAAUGACACCGUUGGCACUUUGGCUGCACGAGCAUACACAUCUCCGGGACGUUCCAGUAAUGUGGUAGGCGCCAUAUUCGGAACCGGCACCAACGGAGCCUACAUGGAGCGCGUUUCUCGCAUCACCAAGCUGCACUCACGUGUAGAGUUCUCAACUUCGGCAUCGGACGCAAUGAUGGCGCUGAAUACCGAAUGGGGAGGAUUUGACAACAAGUUAGAAGUACUACCUUCAACACGAUUCGACCGAGACUUGGACAGAGAAUCUGUCAACCCAGACGAUCAGCAUUUCGAGAAGCGCAUAUCCGGCAUGUAUCUUGGUGAACUACUUCGGCGCAUACUAAUCGACCUGUCACAACCUGGACAGAGCCUAUUUGGCUUCCAAGUCUCGGGAGACUCCCCGCUUUACACGCCGGACAGCAUUGAUAGCUCUUUGCUGUCAGCAGUUGUCAAGGACUCAGGCCCAGCGCUUGAGAGCGCGCGUGAAGAGAUCUCACGAGUACUUAACGCCACAGGUGUAUCGACGGACGAUGCAAAGGCUAUACAGAUUCUUUCCGCGGCCAUUGGACGUAGGUCAGCCAGGCUAUCUUCUGUCGCAAUCGCUGGUGUUGCUCUCCAAUCUGGGUUGUUUACGCCCAGAAGCGUCAGCAAGCCAGCAGCGACGAUAUCACGAGGUCUCGGAACCAACCUUCUCAGACCUUUUCUCUAUGGGGCACGGAGCCUGUGGAACCUGCUUACGAGUUGGCUUCAUGUAAAAGUUCGAUUCACGAUUUCAUCAAAGGGCACAUCGGGCGACUUCUCUAGACCCGGGGACGGGGAUAGCUCUCAGGCGGACAAUGAUGGCGAGGACUCGAACGAAAUCAUCGAUGUUGGGGUUGACGGUUCUUUGAUCGAACAUUUCCCUAACUUUGAAGAGAAUCUGAGGGAAGCUUUAAGAGAAAUUCCAGAGAUUGGUGUCAUGGGUGAUAAGAGAAUCAGGAUCGGCAUGGCGAGAGAUGGUAGCGGAGUUGGGGCUGCUUUGAUUGCAUGGGCGGCGAGGGCAUAA